CCACGAGCUCAGGGUUUCUCGGGCCCGUUCCCAAAUUUUUGUUACCGCUGAUGGACGCGCGACAUCCUCUGAAGGCCCUCUUGCAACUCCAACUCGGAUCGGACUCCUACGCAGUUCUUCAUCUGCCGUACAUUCUCGACUCUCUGACGGCGGAGAACUUUGCACCCUCCCCGCACUUGACCAAAUGGACGGCACGAAUCAACUCACUUUUGCACGCGAAAACUGCCGACGCGCGGUGGGCGGGGCUUUGCCUGGCGCAGAAGAGUGGUAUUCUCGCGAAACCCAUUCUAUUGGAAUACGCACAGAGCUGGAUCGGGAGCGUUCUGCCGUUGUUGUCUAAACAAGAACCCGUUCCAGUACUAGCUGCAUCGAUACGACUCCUGCGGAUUCUGUUUACGGAGGCUGCGGACAUGCCUGAGUUCCAGAGACAAGUCGCAACACCGAAUGUUGCAAAGUUUACUACUGCGUGCAUGGCACUUGUGGACAAGCAGUCAGAUGUCGAGUUGAGAUGCUUGAUUCUGUCCACUCUUACUGCGCUGGUCAUAGUCUAUCCGACUCUGCACCGGACUUGGUCGGGCGGAUUGUCUACGAUCUGUCUCGGUGUUCUGAACGGUAGCCCAUUCGAUACCACCGAACCUAGACUGGUCCAUUCCGCUUCCUGCUUAUAUGCUACUCUGCCUCUGACUGGUGGAAAAGUCGGAGCCGUCAAUCUAUGGAGGAAAGCUAUGGAGGAUAGCUUGUCGCAAGGGUGGAACUCGUUCUACGCUAUACGAACUACAUUCUCUGUUGAUGGUCGUUUGCCCUCAGCGUCUGCUGAGGACCCACGGAUCGCUGUUCCUCUCAAUCUAGAUCGACUAAAAUGCAGCGUGGUAGCCAUUAGCGAUUUACUGAAAACCAACACGGCCCGUGCUGUGCAAAUCCCUUUGGGUGCUCUCCUCAAAUUCGCGUUGGCACUUGUGGGAUGUCUCAAGGACGAAAAGGUAGAGCAUCAUAUCGAUUACUCAAGACGUGAUAUGGAAGCCUCUGUUACCCCGCACAUCUGGAAAAUUGGCUCUGAUUUAAUCAUCCGACUCGCAGAAUGUCUAGGCCGUCGUCUGACUCCCAAUGCGACGACCGUCGUUGGCUGUCUGGUGUCUCAACUCGAGCAGUCCACCACUGCCUCGGAGCGACUGUCUUUUCUUGUGGCGUUGGAAGCGAUGCUAUUCAAGUGUCUGCCACUCGAUUCACCCUUGCUUGUGAAUGGUUUGGCUAAAACUCUCCUGCCUUUUGUAUCCGUUCUUGUCUCAAAGCAAGAUGUCUCUAAUGGAGAUACUCAAACGAGUGGCCGUAGUAAAAAAGGCAAAAAAAGGGCUAGAGAGUUUGAAGGCGACGAACUCUUCAACUUGUCUCGAGAUGUGAUCUGCCCAACCGCAGUGGACGGGAAAGUUGUAUUAGCAUCCCUCGCAGUGCUCCGGAUCAUUCUGCGCAAUCACACCCUCUCGCCAGCCCUCCAUUCGAUAUCUUCCCGCGUCGUCCUCUCAAUCAUGCUGAAAUUGCCGCAAAUAUCAGCAGCAGCAGUUUCCGCUGAUCACCUUCUUCAUGGCGAGGUCACAGCCGUGGUACAGGACAUGACUCUGGAGUUGUCUACCGGAUCGACGGGAGGAAUGAGUAAGAGCCUUGGACUAGUCAUCAAUUCCAAUCUAUCAGCGGUACAUCGAGAUCCUGAUCUCGAAAUUCUUUUGCACCCUCGUCUUCCUCCGCUGCUUCGUUCCUUGCCCUGGAUUGAGUCAUUGUCGCUCUCUCACGCAGAAGAAAGCCAGGCGGAGGCUGAGUUGCGACAGUCCCUGGGACUGGCCUCUGCGGAACCACUCGAACCAGUCGAAAAAGUCGCACCAAUAUCUGCCAGCACCGAUGAUCUGUCCAUGUCCAGGCCAGCUCAAGCUCCAACGCCGGUGAUCACAGCGCCUGUAUUUUCUGCGCCGCUACUACCCCCGCCACAGAUGGCCACCCAGCUCGCUCCCCAAACUGUUGCAAUGACACCAGCACCAACAACCCCAGCAAAACCAGUCCCAGCUUCGUUGGCUACUACAGUCACCCAAAUGCGGAUGGAGGUCGACGACGACGAAAAUGAGGAAAUGCCGGUGCUCAACAUGGACUCGGACUCGGAGGAUUCCGAGUAACCUGCGCUCGCAUUCAUGUUCUGGGCCGUUUCGCAUUCCGAGUGUGGAUCGGCAGGUCUUCUUCGUCCGACUCGGCAUCGGCAUUUGCAUUAUUGCCACUCAGCGAUCGAAUCUGCUCUUUGGUUAGCUACUUCGUGUGAAUGUCGUCGUGGGAGAGGGGACCUUGAAUAGAAAACCUUGUGCUACGACAUUUCCCGUAUCCAAAGCCAAUGCACGCUCCAGAUGCGAUUGGGCAUCUCGUAGUAGACUGGGAUCGAGGGAAGUUGAAAGCUCUGUAGGAAGUGGGUCGUGUUAGACUAGAUGCCAUCCAGGAUCUUUACCGCCAGGUUGAGCCAAGAACAAGCAGAGCAGUCCAGCGUACACGUGAAGAGCCGGAUUAUCCUGGUAAGGAAAGGAGGGUAGGUACCUACGUGCCUCUCAAUGCAUUGGUCGGAAUGAGAAAUAGAGGCGUCAUACAGCUCAAGUUCGUCCAAAGCCUCUCUGUGCUCACCGGAGGCGAUCAAAUGGAGCACUAGCUCUUGGAGAAUGCUUUCGCGCUGGCACAGAGACUCAUUGUCAGACCCAACCGGACGUCGUUGACUCGACCCUCACUUCCUCGGGCUGUUGUAACAUCAUCACGCGUAAAAACUCGAUUUUCUUGGUCGUUUUGUUGGGCUCAGGGCCGAGGAGUUGCAAGCCCGUCACCCACAUUUUCUUCCACUUGAUUUCCUCGCACCGAGCUAAGAUAGCCCAAGCGCGAGCAGCUCGCGCGAAGUCGCCGCGCUGAAGGCAGAUUUCCAUCACAUCGUAGAGACGGCGGAUAUGGGUUUUCCUGGUAGAGAAGCGUUUGGCUUCAACAGAGGAAUUGAAAAUGAAGGAUUGAGUCAUGGCGCCAGACCCUCAACUCAACUAUCAUGUCUGGUAUAAACGCCGGCGACGACAAACUCGUCUUCGAGUCCUCCGAGGCCGUGUCCGUGGUGUCCACUUUCGACGACUUGGGGUUGAAGGAGGAUCUUGUUCGAGGCAUCUACGCGUACAACUUCGAAAAGCCCUCUGCGAUCCAACAGCGUGCCAUCCUGCCUAUAACACAAGGGCGGGAUGUCAUUGCACAGGCACAGUCGGGUACUGGUAAAACUGCCACAUUUUCCAUCUCCAUCUUGCAGUCCAUCGACAUCAACGUGCGAGAGACACAGGCCCUCGUUUUGUCCCCCACACGUGAACUCGCCACGCAAAUACAGUCUGUCGUACUCGCGCUGGGCGACUACAUGAACGUGCAGUGUCACGCGUGUAUCGGCGGAACCUCGAUUGGGGAGGACAUCCGUAAGCUGGAGUACGGACAGCACGUUGUCUCUGGUACCCCUGGCCGUGUGUUCGACAUGAUCCGGCGGCGGAGCUUGCGUACACGCAAUAUCAAGAUGUUGGUGCUUGACGAGGCUGACGAGUUGUUGAACAAGGGGUUCAAAGACCAGAUCUAUGACGUUUACCGCUACCUCCCUCCCGCCACCCAGGUCGUUCUGCUCAGCGCUACCCUUCCAUACGACGUGCUGGAGAUGACAACAAAAUUCAUGACCGACCCCAUCCGCAUUCUCGUCAAGCGUGACGAACUGACGCUGGAGGGCAUCAAGCAGUUCUUCGUCGCCGUGGAGAAGGAAGACUGGAAAUUCGACACGCUGUGCGACUUGUACGACACUCUGACAAUCACGCAAGCGGUUAUCUUCUGCAACACUCGACGCAAGGUCGACUGGUUGACGGAAAAGAUGCGCAAUUCAAAUUUCACGGUGUCUUCAAUGCACGGUGAGAUGGCGCAGAAGGAGCGUGAUGCUAUCAUGGCAGAGUUCCGCGGAGGAACAUCGCGUGUGUUGAUCACAACGGACGUUUGGGCGCGUGGUAUCGAUGUGCAGCAGGUUUCGCUGGUCAUCAACUAUGAUCUCCCUGCGAACCGUGAAAACUACAUUCACCGUAUCGGCCGGUCUGGUCGUUUCGGUCGCAAGGGUGUUGCCAUCAACUUUGUGACUGUUGACGACGUUCGUAUCCUGCGUGAUAUCGAACAAUUCUACAGCACUCAGAUUGAUGAAAUGCCAGUGAACGCUGCAGAGCUUAUCUGAUUUGUGCAUUACUUUUCGUCGAAUUGUGUUUUGGAUGCCUUAGCAAAUGCCAAUUUUGUAAUCUACUGUGCGGGUGUCUCACUUGUCAGGUCAUCCAUACGCGAACGAUUGUUG